UGCCGCGUGCAUUCAAAACAGCUUUUCACGUUGAAUGGUUAAUUGAUUUUUUUUGCUUCUUCGUUCGUUUGCGCAGAUUGUCCGACUGGAUGAGCCAGCCCCACAGACGAACACUUUGCAGACCCCAGCUCCAGUACCAAAUUCCUCUUCGUCUGAGAGCUCUGAAAGUGUCGAGUCUGAGCCUGAUAGCUCUUCAGAAAAUACAUCUGAAGAUACGACAUCAGAGGAGAGUGUACGCAAUAUUCUGGAAGUGAGAGAUCCUGACGGGAAUGGCGAUAUGAGAGACGACAGCCGGGGCAGCGAGGAGGCCAAUCGGAGGAAAUGGAUGCGGUUCUACGGGAUUAACCUGAAGAGUGCGGAGGACAGCUCGAUCAGCCGGGCGAGCAGCCCGGAGAGCAGCCCGGAGAGCAGCCCACAGAGCAGCCCGGAGAGCAGCCCAGAGAGCAGCCCGGAGAGCAGCCCAGAGAACAGCGACAGCUCUCAAAGCAACAGCUCCAACAGGAGGGCGACGCCACAGAGCUUGCUCCUCUACCUGUGCGCCGGCGGUGUGGACACGGUGGACUGCAGAAGCACUGAGUCCACUGAAGGGGAGGGCAAAUUCGGAAUCGGGGGUCCUUGAUCACGCGUAGAAGGAAACUCGUUUGUGGUGAUUGCCUCCUACGGAAUGCCACAGAUACGAUAAACACGCACGUGCAUUCACGCUCACACACGUGCACACGCACGCACACGCACAGCAUGUCUUUAAUAGACCGAGGAUCAAAACUUCAGACACGUUUACAGAAAACGAAAAAUGAUAUGGCACUAACAGAUGAUUUUUAUUACCAGCGUACGCCUAAAGUUAUUUCAUUUUUUUAAAACAAUGUUGCCGCAAGGUUAUGAAUAAAAGGCCUCUACAUUGUUUUUUUUUGUUUUGUUUUUUGUUUUUUUUACCACCCUAAACCACAAUGUUCCACCUACAGUUAAUAGGUUUUUCCACAUUAAAACCUGUUCCGAAGCCAUGUCUGUGAUCUGACGACAUGUCUCGCUCAUUUCCCACAAAGUUCUUGCACGUUGUUGAAUAGUGUUCUUUUUUUCAAUUUUGUUUUGUUUGAAUUGUCUUGCCUCGUAAUAUUUAUUGUAUUGCCUGUUGUUACUCAGCUGGAGCUGAAUGCACAACUAUUGAGUCGCAAGUUAAGUUAUCUAAUCAUUGUACUAUACUAUUAUGCUGUACUAUACAUCACAUAUGUACUAUACUGUAUAUAAAUGAGCAAAUAAAUGUAGCUCCGCCCUCUCCCUCUGACUCACUGUGUGU